CGCUUUUGGUUUCAGUUUUGAUUCUGAUUCCAGGCAGAUUCCUUUGUGGUUUAGGAAUGUGUUAAUAGCGGAUCAAUUCCUGGGUUGGGCGGGUCUAAUCUCGUUUACUCAAAGUCAGCCCCUACUUUCAAACCGAGGCUUCUGUUUAUAAUCUCUUCCAACUGUGGUCUGUUUAUGUUCCUUUCAUCUAAUUUUAAAUUCAAUCUUACCGCAAAAAGGAAACAAUUUACUGGUGUUGCUAUUACUACUCUGAGUAAUGAUUUGAGUUCUUUGUGAAUGGUUGAGGAAUUUCAAUUCCGGGGUUUGGGGACUAGGGUUCUUCACUUUAUUUCAGCUAAGUUCUAGCAUUAAUAACUUGAUGCUUGUUUAAUUUCAUUGAAUACUUAGAAUCAAAUUCGAUUGCUCAUUGAAGUUGAAGGGUAAGCUUCAAUUUUAGUUUUGAAUGGGAAAAAUGUUGGCAUUGGCGAAUUUUUCUUAUCCCUUUGCCAACUUUAUUCAUAACAAGGCUCACAAAUUACCCAGAAAAACAAUGAUUCAAUCCUCAGUUCGUAUGCCGCCUAUGUCGUUAAGGCGUAAGAAGAGGAAAAACUACUUGCGUCCCAAAAUUAUUAGAACCCUCACUAAAAAACCCUCCAAUAUUUCUUUGGAAGAGAUUACAAUGGAAGAAGGUUCAAAUGAAUCUGGUUUUGGGCAGGAACAAGUUGUUAGGGAUUUGGAGACACAGAAUCUGAUGGUUACAUUGGAAGAAGGUUCAAAUGAAUCUGGGUUUAGGCAGGAACAAGUGGUUAGUGAUUUGGAGACACAGAAUCUGAUGGUUACAUUGGAAGAAGGUUCAAAUGAAUCUGGGUUUAGGCAGGAACAAGUGGUUAGUGAUUUGGAGACACAGAAUCUGAUGGGUACAUUAGAAGAAGGUUCAAAUAAAUCUGGCUUUAGGCAGGAACAAGUUCUUAGGGAUUUGGAGACACAGAAUCUGAUUGGUACAUUAGAAGAAGGUUCAAAUGAAUCUGGGUUUAGGCAGGAACAAGUUGUUAGGGAUUUGGAGACACAAAAUCCGAUGGGUGAUGGAUUAUCAGGUCAUACCAUUUUUAAGAUUAUUGGUUCGUUUGUUGGUCUUUUCGUGCUACAGACUAUUGUUACAGUUUGUAUGAUGGCUUAUGGCAAGUCUGAUGAGAAAGAUGAUACUUUGGUAAUUGGGGAUCAGAAUAGGGAUAUGAGAUUGGUGGAGGUGGACCGGGAAGGGGUUUUGGGGAUUGAUGGAGAUGUUUCUACUAGGACUUCGGCUGGAUUGAAUAAGGAUGAGUCAGAAUUCGAGGCGAAGAUCAGCGAGAUAAGAAAGAUGGCAUGGGAGGUAAGAGAGGCUGAGAAGAGGAAGAAGGUAGAAGAGGGUGAAGCUCGUUCAGAUGAUGCGAGUGAUGAGGAAGAAAAGGACAAGGACCAGGAUUUCGAGGGUGAUAAUUCUAGGGUUAGUAGUGGUAUUGUGAAGGAAGUUGAUGGUCGGUUGACUAAGUUGAGGAAAAGCUAUCCAUCACCAUUGAUGAAUGGAUUAGGAAGGUUAGGAAAGGAGGGUAAAGCUGAGGGUUUGAAUGGUAAAGAAGAAGAUAAAAUGUUAUUGUUUAAGAUGAAGAAUAAAUUUAGAAGUCAUUUGAGCACAUCCAGAGACAAACCGAAAGGAUUUCGAAGUAAUGAUGGUGUAAGAGGAAAGGAUAGCAAUUUGGAUGGUAAGAAACCAGUUGAGAGAAGUGGAAGUGGAAGCAAUGUUGAUCAAAUAAGUUCUACACCAUUGAAAGGAACUUGGAAGAUAUCUGGACACAGUGGAAUUAAUGGAAGAAGUGAGGGUGCCAAGCCAGAAACAGGUCAUUCCCAGGACUCUAGUGACGGGAGCAUUUUGGAUGAGAUAACUGGAACAGAAGAUCCCAUCUUUACUUCAAAUCAAGUUGAAACAAAGAUAAAUGGUCAUGUUGCAUCAACAUCUGAGAUGCAGCCAACGUCAAGAAGGAAAGGCAAACCCAAUUCUAACGGACUGGGAAGCAAGCUACCCGUAGAGAUUGUUGAUCAUUGGUGGUCAAAACUUCCAUAUGUUCUGGUCAUUUUGAUGCAAAAAGGCAUUGGUGAUGAAGCAGAGCGGGGAUUCUAUAAUUUGAGGAUAAACACUAAUGCAGAGAAUCAGUCAUACGCAAUUUACACUGUUGCUUUUGAAGACCUAACUGAUGCAAAGAAUUUUAGUUAUCUUCUCGAAUUCGCAUUUGACGAUCAGCCUGAUGCUGCUGUGGAAGUUGCUCCACUGUCCACAAAGGACUUUAAAGAAGUCAUAGAAUCUCUCGACACCGAAGUAAUUGUGUUGAGGAAGGGAGAGUUAAAGCUUUAUGCUGGUCAGCCUCUUGCUGAUAUUGAAGCUGCUCUGAGGUCAUUGGUGAAAAUGAAAUGAGCAUCAAUCGCUUCUUACUGCUUGCAUUUAUUUGCCGAAGAAGGACAAAUUGACAGCACAUUGACAUCAGCUUCAGGCACACGUAGCUUCAAGUAUGGUUUUAUAUCAACCGGUUUGGAAGGUACGUAUUGGAGAUUCUGCCAUAUCCAACUGAGAAGCACAUCGAUCUUCGUUCAGAUUCCAAUCUCUUUUUGUUUCGGUUACUAAAAAAAAUUCGGUUGUUGACAUUGGCAAAAUUUUGUAGCUAUAGGUUUCCACUGCUAGUUCAAUGAAGUUGCUCUUUGGUGAGUUGUGAUGGUUUGUAAUGAUGAUCUAUUCGGCCUUGAUCUUUUAUAAGUUCGGCCGGUUUGUUUAGAGGAAUUUUGCACGCCAAUGUUCUCACGUUUAGUCUUGAGGCCGAUGCCGAUGCCUAUGCCGAUGCCCAAAUGCUUGUAUCCAUAUAGUCAUUGAUGUUGGAGAAUUGAAAGUAAGCUGAGGGAGAAUCAAAACGUUAAGAUAGGUAAAAAGUUGAGGCUUUUACUUGUAAAAUUCUUUCAUUUAUAAAAAUUUAUUUCUAAAGGUUUUACCUUUAAGGUUA